AGUCCUUUCAAAUCUCAUUCUCUCUCCGUCUCUGUUUCUCACACCGAGAUACAGUCAUUCAGUUCUUCAAUGGAAAAUUUUCGAUAAUAUUUGAGAUUUAUUUGGUGAAUUCCAAAUCGGAAAUGCUUGAGAGAUUCAUCGAUGGAAGGGGAGCCUGACCUUCCAGCCCCGCCGGCGGCAGAAAAGUUCACCAGGCUAAAUCUGAGUCGUCCGAUCAACAUCAACCCAGAUUCAAUCAGUCUUAACCGUACGUUCAACACCACCUCGACCUGCACCUCAACGACGUCGUCUUCCUCCUCUUCCCCUCCGGACUUUGUCCGGCAUGUUCAAGCCGCCUUCAAGCGCCACCGCUCCCUUGGUACAUUGCAGUCAAACAGUAUUAGGCCAAGGAGAUUAGUGGUUCCUCAACGAGGAACAUCAAAGGAAUCAAAUUUAAACCCUCAUCUUACAUUUGAUGCGAAGAAAAGCAACGAAGAGAUAUUAUUGAAUCACGGAUUGAUGGACAGCACGUCGCAGUCCAAGAAAGUGAUCUCCUUUGCUACAGAUGCUCAAGAGGAUGCAGCAACCUCCCCACCUUCUGAAUGUGGUUCCACCAUAAAUACGCAAGAAGGGAAUUUUAAGCCAUGCAAUGAUCAAGGAGAUCAACCCCAACUCUUUUCUGGAUCUAGAAGCAACAAUACAAUUGCUUCUUCAUUGGUUGUCGAACCUGAGCAUGUUCCGUUGUCCGAAGUACAAAAGAAGGUCCAUUUUGUCUCAGAGAACUAUGCCGGAACUCAAGGUGCCGAUGAAAGAAUGGCCACUGUAAUGGACGAUUUAUUAUCUUAUAUGGAUUCGCUUGCACUGACAGAAACGAUCUGGGAUGCAAGCAACAGAGUAGAUCCUUUAGCAGCUGUCAAUCAGGAUUUGCAGCAUCGUAAUUUUGAGAGUUUGGAAAUGGAAAAUAGUUUGAGGUCUGAGGGUGGGAUUUCUUCUUUAAUGGGUAGAGGAACUAUGACCAGUCAGGAUCAGCCACACCACCAAUUCACAAACUUUUUGCAAAAUGACUUGGGUCAUGCCAUGACUCAGUCCUCAGUUGUUCGGUCAGCUUGCCUUACGUCAACAUUAAUGAACUCAACUUCAGCUCCGAUGAUUAGUUCAACAACCUAUUGUUCUCUACCUCAUCAAAUGAUUAGGUCUAGUUUGCAAAUGGAUCCCUCAGGGGAAGCUGAAGUUAAACAAGAUGUGGUGCAGCCAGCAUAUCCUUCGUCAAACUAUGCAAGUGGAACUCAUCCGUCAUCCAGCACUGCACCAGCUGUCAGCUCCAUCGUUGAAGUGCCAAUGGAAAUCGGCAAGUCUUCUGCCCUGUCUAAUGAGCAGCUGAGCAAUUUUUCGAAGAAAUGUAACACUUCUAGAGAUUCUCCCCAAAAUGAAGAUAGCAACUCAGCCAAAGGAAAUGAUAUUGAUAUAAAAUCUCAGCCUCCGUCAUCAAAAGUACAAUCAGUGGAUGCGAAGUUGGAAAAUUUUAAGUCAGAUAAGCAAGAAAGAGGUGCAAGUGGCAAACCAGCAUCAACAUCUCGUAAAAAAGGAUAUGAUCCUGAUUUGUUCUUCAAAGUCAAUGGAAAACUCUAUCAAAGGCUUGGAAAGAUAGGUAGUGGAGGAAGUAGUGAGGUUCACAAAGUAAUUUCGUCAGAUUGCAAAAUUUAUGCCUUGAAGAAGAUCAAACUUAAAGGCCGUGAUUAUGCCACAGCAUAUGGCUUUUGUCAAGAAAUUGAAUAUCUUAACCGGCUGAAGGGGAUGAUCAACAUUAUUCAACUUAUUGAUUAUGAGGUGACAGAUAAGACUUUGCUUCAGGAAGUCAUGAAUGGUUCCAUGAGUAAUAAGGAUGCCAGGGUCAAGGAUGAUGGAUAUAUAUACAUGGUCCUUGAAUAUGGUGAAAUUGAUUUGGCUCACAUGCUGUCCCAAAAAUGGAAGGAACUGGAUAGCUCUAAUUCAAUGAUAGAUGAGAACUGGCUCCGAUUUUACUGGCAGCAAAUACUUCUGGCUGUAAACACCAUACACGAGGAACGUAUAGUGCAUUCAGAUUUAAAACCAGCCAAUUUUCUUUUAGUGAGAGGUUCACUGAAGCUAAUUGAUUUUGGUAUUGCCAAGGCUAUAAUGAGUGACACAACAAACAUUCAACGAGAUUCACAGGUUGGCACACUAAGUUACAUGUCUCCUGAAGCAUUUAUGUGUAACGAGACUGAUGCAAAUGGAAAUACGAUAAAAUGUGGUCGUCCAUCUGAUAUCUGGUCACUUGGUUGCAUCCUUUACCAAAUGGUUUAUGGCAGAACACCUUUCUCUGAAUACAAAACAUUUUGGGCGAAAUUCAAAGUCAUAACUGAUCCAAAUCAUGAAAUUACUUAUGAACCUAUGUCCAAUCCAUGGCUAUUGGAUCUUAUGAAGAAAUGUCUGGCUUGGGACAGGAAUGAAAGAUGGAGGAUUCCUCAACUGCUUCAGCAUCCAUUUCUUGUUCCUCCCGUUCCGCCUCAAUUUCCUGCCCCUCUUGAUGAAAGCUGUAAAUUGCUUCGAUUGGUUGCUGAAUCAAAUGUUGAUGAUCAGAAGGUUUCGAUGCUAUGCACUGAGCUAGAGAAUAUGUUGGUGAACCCGAGAUCGUUAAUUCCGCCGCAAGAAACGAUAUCCCCAGACUUGCAACGCAAGUUACUUUAUAAAAUGUCAACCCUUUGCUUUCAGCUCCACGAACAGUUAGCAAAUGUGGAAAGAGAUGCAAAGAUCUAACCUUGCAACUGUAUUCUCAUUUGAAGCAGUCAAUUUGUAACCUUUUCUUAUUUAAGUAGUUGUUUUGGGGAGGGGAGUUAGCAAGACCGGGGCCUUAAUGGCAUGUUUGGUAAGAAGAAUUGAGA